ACUGAACCACUGGUGCGACCAUUAGGUGCCAGAUGUGAGGCCAACACUUUCGAUGGCGAGCGAUGCGUCUACGGGUCACUCACUCCGGAGAUCAGGAAUAUCUUAGUGAAGGACUAUGUGGUGAUCACAUCAAAGAUCAUUCAACGCAACGAUUACGACGAGUUCUUACGGAAGUGUGUGGAAGCGGGCGACUACUUUGAUGUGAUCUUCUCAGUGCACAGCCAUGUGUUUCGUGUGCACCGGUCGGUGCUGUCCGUGUCGUGCGAUUACUUCAGUCAUAUGUUUGCAAACAAAUGGAAAAAUCGCAAAAUUAUUUAUAUUAAUCACUCAAAAGUAAAUCCGAUGGCUUUCAGACAACUGUUGGUCUACUUAUAUACGGGUCGUCUCGAAAUUAGUCUCAAUCUCAUAGAAGACGUUAAGCUUGUGGUCAAACAAUGCAAACUUCAGCGACUGAUGGAACAAAUCGAUGAUUCGGUUAAAAGAGUCAAAUNUAAAUCCGAUGGCUUUCAGACAACUGUUGACGUUAAGCUUGUGGUCAAACAAUGCAAACUUCAGCGACUGAUGGAACAAAUCGAUGAUUCGGUUAAAAGAGUCAAAUCUUUCGAGUGCACUAAACCGGGAACUAAUGUCAGUACAAUACAAGUGGACUCAGAAACUCAUGCAUUAGACUUCAAUAUACUGUAUCUGAAAUGCAUACCAAAUGAGUACCACUUUUGGAUCGAUGGUUCGGAACUUCCAUUCCUUAGCUGCGACCUGUCGUCCCAUCACUUCUUUGAUGUCUAUUUUAAAGUUGAAGACAAACUCUUCAAAUGUCAUAAAGCAUUCUUCUGCGGUAGAAGUGAUUACUUUAGAGCCCUAAUAGAUGAUCACUUCUUAGAGGCUCAAAACCAAAUUAAUGGCAUUCAGGUGUUUGAGUUGUACGACAUUAGUGUCCAUACAUUUAUGGCAAUCGUCUCCUAUAUCUAUCAAAAUCAUGUUCAGUUUGACUUCGAGAAUGCCUACGAACUCAUUGUCAUGUCUGACGUGUAUUUAUUGCCCGGUUUGAAGAGACAGUGCGCUAAUUAUGUCGGACAACACUUGACUCCUAAUAAUGUGAUCUCUAUUUUAAUGACAUCUCGUUUAAUGCAAUUAACAAAACUGGAGAGGAUUUGCAUUGAAUAUAUGGCACAAAAUCUGGAAAAAGUAAUCGACAGCAAAGAACUAAAGGAUCUAAUUAUAAAAGACGCAGAGGAAGUGAGACAACGACAAGAAACUGAUUCCAUAGACAUAAUCGAUGAAAUAAGAUAUUACAUCACCAGUAAUGUGCAGACAUUCUCAGCCAUGUCUGAAGCCACUGAUAGGUUGCAUAUGAUCGACAACCUCUUGGAAAACCUAGGAUUGGAUGCUUAGAUAUUUAAUGAAAUUAAUUUGCUUUAUAUUUUAAGUUUUGGUUUAACAAAAGUUUUAAUGAAUUGAAAACUAAAAAUUGAUUGUUAAUUGUUUGUUUAUUUAUGAAUUAUUAAUUUAUAAGAG